UCGGCUUGGCACCGUAGCUCGUCUUCCGAGCUCUCUCUCUUACGCGCGCGGUCUCGCAAAAAUUACGGGUAAUUUGCCACUUAGUUUCGUGAAAUUAGUCUGAAAGAUUAAAAAGUUCACCUCAUCGCGUCUGACGCGAGUGAUCAUUGUCGUUUGUUCCAAAAGUGCGCGUUUGGAAGUGAAAGAAAACCCGUGGAAACCGCGCGCCCGUCGCCGAAAAUCAAAUUCGAAAUAGAUCAAUUUAAAGAGAGGAUUUGGAAAAAAAUGCCCAGGGCAAAAAAGCCGAGCGCCUUCGGCAACUUCGUGCAAGAGCAGCUGAAAGAGUCCGGCGGCAGGACGAACAUGAGGGAUGCGUGCAAAGAUCCCGAGUAUGCCAACGCCAAGUGGAAGAACAUGAGCGCUGACGAGAAGGCCAUGUACAAGGCCAAGCUGAAGACGGCCAAGCCGAAUCAGAAGAAGAUGACUAAUUUGGGCGAAGAUUUGAAGGACGUGGAGAGGGAGGCGAUGCGCAAGAAGCAGUUCGCCGAUGACAUGAACGUGUACAUAAAUAACAAGGUCAACGCCGCUAGCCAGGAGCACAGGCUGAAGUACAUGACAUUUUACAUUAUUCAUUGCAACUAUUUCUACAAGAAAAUUAUUACCGGCGGAGCUGACUUUUUCCCGGCUGAAAUUUGCAUUAUCGAAUGCAACUUAGAGCAGGGCAUAAAGAACACUUAUGUGCAACAUGUCCGCCCUGAUAUCGAUCAAGGAUACAGUGCAGAAGCUCAAGAACACAGCACCAAGACUCACCAAAUCCCCGUGGAUGCCCAAUUUCAAUACAAGAGCUUCGAAGAAAUGUACGAAGAGAUUCGCAUGUUCAUUAUGCCUGGUAUGGAAGGCGACAAAUUACCUCCGCUGUUUACUCGUUACCGACGCGGUGAAAGUCUAGCAUGCGAAUCAGUAAUUUCCAUUAUGGAUCAGUUGGCCAAAGCCGCAGGUAAACCUACCGAUCUCAUUCGUAUCUACUCCCUGGAAGAUCUUAUUGCAAGUAUGUGUAAUGCGAGUCUUGAGACAGCAGGGAGUCCUUUUGAACCAGCUCUUGCUACGAAAAAAUUAAAUAAAGAUGCGUAUCAAUGGAAAACUGGAAUUCAAUGUAGUUAUCAUACUACUACUUUCAAGUGUGGAAUGGCGUAUUGCAGUCAAUCGUUUGUUACCAGAUGGUUCUAUGCUAUUUGUGAUUUAUGUUGUAAAGAACUGAAAGUUAAGAAGAGAAAGGGUGUUCAUUCUCCACCGGAAUCAGAAGUGUUUUUUCGUGAAUCUUCUUUGAAGGCUUCGAGCAUUUAUGAUAGCAAAGGAGCAACACGAUCAAAGUCAAAUACAAGUUCGAAGAAUGAAAAAAGUCAAGAUGCUGAUUUCGUCGUAGUCAUGCAUAGUAGGAACCAUAAAAAUUCAUCAACUGAACGAUCCGUCAAAAGCCCUCAACAAAUCUUCAGUGCUUUUACUACCAGUAGUCAAUCCCUCCAAAACAAUGAUGCAAAUUUCCCAUCACUAGGAAAUGUACCUUGGAGAAGAAAUGAAAUUUCGUCUGCGGGUAAUGCGUUGGAGAAUUUAACCAUCAAUGAUAGUAAAGGAGCAACUCGAUCAAAGUCAAAUACAAGCUCGAAAAAAGGAAACAGCCAAGAUGCUGAUGUCAUCAUAGUCACGCAUAGUAGUAAUCAUAGAAAUUUGUCAACUGAACGAUCCGUCAAAAGCCCUCAACAAAUCUUCAAUCCUUUUACUACCAGUAGUCAAUCCUUCCAAAACAAUGAAGAAAGUUUUCCACAACUUGCAAAACCAACCCAACAUAAUUCUUCUAUUCGAAAAAAUAACGUUAAAAAGCAGAAAAGACGACUAAGAAAAUAAAGGAAAACACUGGUAAAGCUAAUUAUUAUAAAAGUAUUCGUACAAAAUAUUUGUAAAAAUAUUUAUAAUUUGUAAAUUCACAGUUGUAUAUUUGUAAUUGAAAUUUUAUAUAUUGUGACUAGUAAUUCUCGUUUUUACUAGAUUUAACUUUUUAACAAUCGACUCGAGUAAUAAAUCAAAAAUAAAUUUGAUUGAAUAAUGUCAUAAUUGUGCUUCAA